UAACACAGGAGUGAGACAGUGUGUGUGUUUAUUUUUGGCUCAGUGCGAGCGUGUCGAUGGCUGCCGAUGCGUCGCAAAGGAAAGCUCUGAGAUACCAGCAGACCCUGCUGUAUGGGGAAUACAGGGAGCAGCUGGGUAAUAUUGCCAGAAGGGAGGCCACACGUCUGUUGACUGAAAGGCAAUGGAAGAGACAUGCCGGCAAUGCCAAGGUAACAAGGAGAAGCCACGGCCGAGCACAUCAUGUCAGCCUGGAGGCGGGGCCCAUGACUUCAGGUUUAAGCCACUCCUCCUCUAUAAAGAAGCCCCGCCCCUAUUCCAAAUGCCAAGACUGCCUGGCUCGAGUCCAGAGGUAUAUUGUGACAAAGUUGGGGGAGGACUGGAUCUUCCUGGUUCUUUUAGGUCUCACCAUGGCUCUGGUUAGCUGGAGCAUGGACUAUGCCAGUGCCAAGAGCCUACAAGCAUAUAAGUGGAUGUAUGGAGAGCUUAAAGGGAAUGUGGCUCUGCAAUAUCUGGCCUGGGUCUCAUAUCCCAUCAUCCUUGUUGUGUUUGCAUCCCUCUUCUGCCACCUGGUCGCCCCUCAAGCAAUAGGCUCUGGGAUCCCUGAACUCAAGACUAUUCUGAGAGGUGUUGUGUUAAAGGAGUAUCUCACACUCAAAGCUUUUGUGGCUAAAGUUAUUGGUCUUACAGCGGGUCUGGGCAGCGGCAUGCCCAUCGGAAAGGAGGGUCCUUUUGUGCAUAUUGCCAGUAUAUGUGCGGCAGUGCUGAGCAGGGUCAUGUCCAUCUUCACUGGUGUGUAUGAGAACCCCUAUAGUUACACAGACAUACUGACAGUAGGAUGUGCUGUUGGGGUGGGCUGCUGUUUUGGGACUCCCCUUGGAGGUGUGCUGUUCAGUAUUGAGGUCACAUCAACAUAUUUUGCAGUGAGGAAUUACUGGAGAGGAUAUUUUGCUGCUACGUUCAGUGCCUUCAUAUUCAGAGUACUGUCAGUGUGGAACAAAGAUUCUGUCACUAUAACAGCGCUGUUCCGUACAAACUUCCGUAUGGAUUUCCCCUUUGACCUGCAAGAACUGCCCGCUUUCGCAGUAAUCGGGAUAUCAUGUGGGUUUCUAGGAGCGUUCUUUGUGUAUCUGAACAGACAGGUGGUUCUGAUCAUGAGGAGACCGACAGCUCUCACGCGCUUCCUUACAAAACAUCGGUUGAUUUAUCCCGGUGCCGUGACACUAAUUAUAGCCUCCAUCACGUUUCCUCCGGGUUUCGGCCAGUUCAUGGCUGGAGAGUUGAUGCCCAGAGAAUGCAUUAAUUCGCUGUUUGAUAACUUCACCUGGACGAAAAUCUGGGGCUCCCCGGCCCCGCCCGGACUGGGCCGCUCUGCCAUCUGGCUCCAUCCACAAGUCAGCGUUUUCGUCAUCCUCCUCUGCUUCUUCAUCAUGAAGUUCUGGAUGUCUGCGGUCUCUACAACAAUGCCUGUCCCUUCUGGAGCUUUCAUGCCUGUUUUUAUCCUGGGAGCAGCAUUCGGCCGUUUGGUGGGUGAGAUCAUGGCCACACUCUUCCCGAAUGGAAUUCUGUUUGAUGGGAUUGUGUAUCAAAUCCUGCCUGGAGGCUACGCAGUGAUCGGUGCAGCAGCUAUGACCGGGGCAGUCACACACACGGUUUCCACAGCAGUGAUCUGUUUUGAGCUGACGGGGCAGAUUGCACACAUCCUGCCCAUGAUGGUCGCCGUGAUUCUCGCCAACAUGGUGGCUCAGGGUCUCCAGCCUUCUCUUUAUGACUCCAUCAUCCAGGUCAAGAAACUGCCCUAUCUCCCUGAGCUCGGCAUUGGCCACAUCAGUAAAUAUAAUAUCUUUGUGGAAGACAUCAUGGUGAAGAAAAUAAAGUUUCUGUCACCUCAGUCCACAUACAGCGAGCUGAAAAAUCUACUGGAAACCACAUCCCUCAAAACCAUCCCACUUGUUGACUCCAAAGAGUCAAUGAUUCUAUUGGGCUCCAUUGAGAGAUGUGAGCUUCAGGCCUCCUUUGAUUGGUGGCUCUCAGCAGAGAGGCGGGUUUACAACCAGGGUGAGGAUGUGCCCAGCCCGGGGUCACAGGUCAGCUGGGAGUCCUUCGCCUUUGUGGAUGAAGAGGUUGGAGAGGAUAAUGGGGAGAAGGAAAACACAGUCUCUGAAGAGUGUAAUGGCCCACUGGGGUCUUCUAAAACCACAGACAUCUCUACUAAUCAUACCACAUCUGGUACCCUACAGUCAAUGCGGAGGACCCUUCAUCGCCUUUUCUCUUCCUCUUCCUCGUCAGGGCAGGCCGAGCCACAGAGCCCUGCAGCCCCCCCUGUAGCUGAUAACAUGACCCCUGAAGAGAUCAAAGCCUGGGAAGAGGAUGAGCUGGAUAAGCCGAUUGACAUUGAUCAGAUCCGUGUUGACCCCUCACCUUUUCAGCUGGUGGAGAGAACAUCUUUACAUAAGACUCACACCUUGUUCUCUCUUCUGGGUCUCAGUCAUGCUUAUGUAACCAGUAUUGGUAAACUGGUUGGGGUGGUUGCACUAAAAGAGCUCCAGAAAGCAAUCGAGGGUUCGACCCGUAGUGGAGUGCGUCUGCGUCCCCCUCUGGCUAGUUUCAGAGAUGCGAGACGCAAGGCCAAAAAGUCACCCCAUUCCCCUUCCAUCCCGUCCUCUCCCACACGGGACAGAGAGUUGUGGAGCGAGGGCGUAACUACAAGAGAAACUAAAGACGAGUCCAGUGGUAGUAGUCUCCAGACAGCUGGGAAAGAGCGUAAUAUCGCCAUGGGCAACAACAGCAAAAGCAGCAUCAGUACCUCUCAGGAGCAAUUGCCAUCACCUUCCACUUCCACGAUCCCUCUCUCUUCUCUUCAUUCCGUGCCUAAAGGAGAGGCAAAUGAUGACAGAGAAAGCGAUGAGGAGCCUUUAUAGGUCUGUUGUUUUUUUAAUUUUUCUCAAAUUUAGCCCUCCAGGGGGAGUCAAACCACAUUAUAGUGCUGCCUUUGAGCAGAGCAUGGACCGUAUUAGGUCACUGGAGCUGCACCAUUGGACACGUUGGUGUUGGGGUGUUUUAAAAGGGAUUCUCUACUCUACAGACAGAACGUUCUCUUUCUUUUGAGAUGUUCUUAUUCAAUUACAGCCUUUUUUUUCUAUACAUUUGUAUAUAUGGACAGUCUGUCUGAUACAUCUCACUGAAUGUCUUCCCCCACUACGGAUCCCAACGUUUGAAUGCUGUACUUGGUAUUCUCUGACAUAUAAUCUAGAAAGUGAAAAUGUAGAGUUGUUAUCUUAAAGGCAUAGAUCAUCCAAAAAUUAAAAUUCUGUCAUUGUUUAUUCUCAUGUCAUUCCAAGCCUGUUAUUUGUUCUAUGGAAUACAAAAUGAGAAAUUUGGAAUCUUCUGAACCCAUACAAUAGCUUUGUGUGAGAAAUUUUAGUUAUUUACUGAAAGUAUUCCCUUCCACACACACCAAGCCCACAUCUCAUCCAGAUUAAAAAAAUGUCCACUUUUGUGUUGCGCUGAAAAAAUAACAGCAUACAGGCCUGAAAAGACAUGAGGAUGAAAAACAAAUGACAUAAUUUAAAUUUUUGGGUAAACUAUUGCUUUCCAUCGAUCUGACCCUUUAAAAUGACUUUCAGUGGUGUAACCUAAUGUCAUGUUUAUUCAGUCAUAUUCAAAAAUAUUCUUGACUUGAAUGAGACGAUUUCAUGAAGCACAAUUUUUAGUCUAUCUGACAAAAUAUUUUUUUUACAUGGUAGAGAAACAAGUGCUUUUUGUAAAAUGUAAUCACUAAACAUUCAUUUUAAAGCUGAUUUUCCAAACUGUUUACUACAUAAUUUAAGCUACAAAGUCAUUAUCAUUAAAUCUUCAUUUCAUAACUACUGAUGAAUAUCAGAUUAAUUUUUAUUUAUACUUGUGUUGUUUUAAUGGUCUCAUUAGCAUGCAGACUUUUUGUCCAAUAAAGGGCAUGGAAAGAAAUACAAUUUUGCUAUGUCUUAAAAAUACACAAAGUGCGCAAUACUGCUUUGUUUGUUUCAUUUAUUUGUUUGUUCAUUAUUAAUAUUGGGAAUUUUUUUUAAAGGAAUUGCAAUAUUCUUGAGGUCAGGGAGGUCUUUUCUUCGUGCAGGACAAACAGAUGUGUAAGAGAGAGAGAGAGAGAGAGUUCAAAGGAUCCAGAGGGAGAGCACACUGGAAGAACCAUCUUAUUAUAACCUUCAGAAAAGCAUGCAUAGAUAUAUCACAGACCAUUUCUUAUAUAUGACAUCUUUGAUAAGCUCAGUCAGUCAGUACCUUAAAUCAAUGUAUUUUUGUCUGUAUGCCACAAUUGGAACAUGUUGAAUCAAUAUCUGAAUCCUUUACAAGUAAAAAAAUCCAAAGUAUUACUUUUUCUGAAUAUGAUUCUUCCACCAAGAGGAGACAACACAGGGUUUGAAUAACAGAAAGAUAACAUACAAAGGGCAAGAGAGAGGAGGAAAGACAAGUACAUAAUUUCACAGAGAGAACAGAGAGGUAGAACAGGGGACCGUUUACAGUGUCAUGCCCACAGACAGUUUCGUAGUGAAAGAUGGCAGUAGAAUCGUACAAAAAACCCAUUUGAAAUUAGUUUAUCUGUAAACACAAAUGAUAAACAACUACAUCCAAGAAAAUACAAUUGGCUUUUUGUUAUUAUUUAUUCAUUCUUAUAUUCCUUAUCUUGCAUAAAAAGCAAUAAAACAAGUCAUGAUAUCACUCCUUUGGUUGCAGUAGUAUGAUCUGGUAACUUGUAAUCGGCAUUUCGAUUAAUUAUAAGCGCAAAAUCUUUGAGGCAUUUUUCAGAGUUGAAGGAUAUCGGGGGAGAUGACAUUAACAAAAUGAUGAUGAGGCACGCUAAAAUGAAUAAAUUAAAAAAAAUUGGAUUGACAGUGAAAUUAAUAACUCUUUUGAACUGGUCAAUUGUCAAUAGAUGCAUGGUUGGAAAAAGUCAUUUAAUAUGUCCAACCCUUACAAAUUACUAUACAGUAUAUGCUUUAUUAAGAGCAAACUACCCAAAAUCCAAAUGUUGUCCCAGUUUUACUUCAGAAUGCUGCAAGUAUGCUUUUCUUUCAAAGCAUCAUCCAUAGUGAAGCAAUUUGGGGUUAAGCACUUUUGCUUAAGGGCACAAUGCUGAUACAACUUAUGAUUUCAUUACCUCUUCACUUUCACCUGUAAUUGGGAUCUGAACUUUGUGCUAGUAAUAAAGAUCUUUAACCAUCAGGCUACCACCACUCCCAUUACAUGUGUACAACACAAUGUUGCAGUAUAGUUCUCAUAUACAUCAAUUUAUUUGUAUGAAAAAAAGAAAGAAAGAAAGAAA